CCAACAAUUAACCGAGCCAGAGCCGUAGAAGCCCUUUGCCCGUAUCGUCGUCGUCGUCGGCUUCGGCUCCAUCAGCGCGGCAGGCAAAAUCGACAACGAUGUCAGAAAGAGCUACUAGAUAUCGCAUAGGAUACGCCCUCGCCCCGAAGAAGGUCGACAGUUUUAUCCAGCCAUCGCUCCUCAAUCUGGCCAAGGAGCGAGGGAUCGACCUAGUCCCCAUCCAGCUAACCAAGCCCUUGCUCGAUCAGGGCCCCUUCGAUUGCAUAAUACACAAAUUUUCUCACCCCGAAUGGAUUGAUCAAUUGCAGGAAUUCCUCUCGAAAAACCCUAAUAUUACUGUUAUCGACCCCGUCCAAUCAUUCCAGCGCCUCCGCAGUCGAACCACCAUGCUCCAAGUCGUUAGCCAGCUCAAUAUCACUACUCAAAAUUCUCUCCGAAUUCCCAACCAGAUACUUGUCGAAAAUCCUGACUCAUUAGCCGGAAUCGUUGCGUCAAAGAGCAUCGAGUUUCCUGUGAUUGCGAAGCCUGUUGCCGCGGACGGAACUGCUGACUCGCAUCAAAUGUCACUGAUCUUCAACGAGGAAGGCCUGAAACAGCUGAGCUUAACCCCUCCAUUUAUAUUGCAGGAGUUUGUGAACCAUGGAGGUGUGAUUUUCAAAGUGUACGUGGCCGGCCAGCACGUCCAAUGCGUGAAGAGGCGAUCGAUGCCAGAUAUUUCCGAGGAGGAUGCAACUGAUAAUGUGCUCUCAUUUUCGCAGAUAUCUAAUGCAACAGUGCACGAUCAGGGUGUGAAUGACCAGAGCGUAGCAAAGCUAAUGGAGGCAGCUGAAUUGCCCUCCAUGGAUUUUGUUAACGAAGUAGCCAGUCAAUUGAGGCAGGCUUUGCAGUUGAAUCUUUUUAACUUCGACAUGAUAAGAGAUAGCAGAGCUGGAGAUCAAUAUCUUGUGAUCGACAUAAAUUACUUUCCAGGUUAUGCAAAGUUGCCCUGUUAUGAGACGAUGCUGACUGAUUUUUUCCUUGACAUUUUGCAACAGAAGCAGAGUGUAGUUUCAGAUGACUGCAAGCCGGCGUAGUUCCAUAGUUC